AUGGAUGUCAGGGAGGAAAAGAGUCUCGAUAGUGCACUUCAGAUGAAACAUUUCAAGACAGCCCUAUACGAGUUUGAAAAACUGGUUGAACGUGUGGCAGCCCAGAAAAGAGAUGAAAGAGCAGGCUUGUUUGUCCAGAAAGAAGAUCUGAUUGAUUAUGAGAAGUUCUUUGCAGCAGUACAAGGACUCUUUGGUCCUGAGGUGAAGAAUCAAGAUGUGAAAUACUUUUACAGGAAGCUCUGCCACAACCCUGAUGCACCUACAGACUGGUGUGAGAUCUUUGGAUACUUCUCCUCUGAAGAAGAUUCUCUUACUUCCCAGAUGAAUGAAGAAAAUUUGAUUUUCCUUGUUUCUAGAAAACAGCGAAUUGUCAUUUCAGGUAGUAGGAGGCGGGAUGUGAUUAAGUGCAUUGUCAAGAUUCCACAGCUGGAUUUACUGAUAGCAGCUUCUCAGAGAGGAUUAAUAACCGUCUUCAAUAGCCAGAUGAGAGUGCAGACCAGCACCAACGUCACAGAUACCUCAUGGAUCACAGGAUGUGAUUACCUACCACAGCUGAAGCGGAUUGUUGCCACCACGGAAAGGACCAUUAUUGUCUGGGAUUACAAAGCUCAAGGGACCAGCCAGGAAAACUAUUUUGUCAUAAAGCCCAUGGACCACUGCCUCCUCUGCAUCUGUGUCGUGUCCCUGCCCGACCAGCUCUGCCGAGAUGACAUCCUCUUGGGGGACGACGGUGGCUUUGUGAACAAAUUCACAGUCAAUACUGAUGACUUUGGAUUGAAGCAGGCAAAGUCCAAAAAGAAGUUACAAAGUCAGGUCUUGGACUCAAAGAACUUUAAAAGUGUUAAAAGGAAGCUACAUAAUGACUGGGUUGUGAAAAUUAGAUAUAUUUCAACCCUAAACUGCUUUGGAUCCUGCUCCUUAGACAGCGUUCAUUCAUUAGUGUUGGAAUCCUUGAAGAGACUUGAGGACAAUUCGCCUGUUAGAGAGUUUUCCAUGCCAAGAGGAGCAAACAGUUUUUGUUACUGUGUAAAAGCAAAUAUCAUUGUCACUGGAGGGGAUGACAAAAUGCUCCGGUUGUGGCACCCCAAUAUCAGCACCAAGCCGGUGGGGAAACUUGUGGGACACAUGUUCAGCAUCAUCGAGAUCGUGACCAAUGAGAAAGAUCAGCUCGUCAUCAGCCUCUCCUCUGCCAAGGUUUUCAGGGUGUGGGAUAUCCAGACUCUGUCACUAUUACAAGUCUUCCACGACAGCCAGGGAGGCCCCGGAGACAUGCAGAUUUAUUCCAUGGUCUAUGAUUCCAAUCAUGGCAUGCUUAUUGCAGGAUCUAGUGUUAUAGACAUGUAUCCUUUGACUAGGAUGAUACAAGAUACAAAACAGGUCCCUCAUACUCACGAACGAGAAAUCAAUGUCUUGCUUUACAACAAAUGUUUUCACCAAGUACUUACUAUCUGCUCUGAAUCCAUAAUUAAGAUAUGGGAAUUUGAGACUGGCCUCCAAAUCUACCAGAUUUUAGACCCUCAUGGCUUCAAUGUUGAACUGACUUCUGCAGCUAUCAAUGAAAGCGGAUUUCUUUUUGCCACAGGAGCAUAUAACGGAACAGUUAAAAUCUGGGACUUCGACAGCGGGCAGGAGAUGAAAACACUGCACAAAGGGAAGGACUGGAUGGAGGAAGAGAACGGGGUGAAAAGCCUGGUUUUUCUGAAAGCGCCGGAAAAACAGCAGUCCUUGCUCCUCGUCUUGGAGCGCAGCGGGAAGAUCAAAAUGAUCCAGGGUAAAGAAGGUAAUGUUUUUCUCUUGGUGACAUGGGAGCUGCCUAAUGUGGUACCUGUCCUACAAGAUGGUAAUCGUGUUGUGCACCUGAAGUCACCUGCUAAAGCCAGGAGCAUGGCUAUUCCUUUCCCAGAUGUUUCGCUGAUAGUUGAGGAAACCUCUUCUCAACGUAUUAAUGAUCCUGCAGUUACUACACGAGUGAACUGCAUUGAUUUUUUCCAAGUAGAAGGAUAUAAUUUGAUAGCUGCUGGAACCUUAAACGGUGUGAUCAUCUUAUGGAAUUUUGUAACAUCCACUGUCAAAGAAAUAUACAGACCUGAAAAUUGCCUUACAGAAAAUCCUGACUUGGAUUCCAAAUGCUUUAGAAUUAAUGACAUACUGUUCCUCUUCCGUUCCCCUGAAUGUGCAAGGCAAUCAAGUCAGGAUUCCAUAUGCUCUUCAUCCCAACGUGGGUCUAGUAAGGGUCCCCAGAGCAGCAAGGGAAGCAAACAGAGCAUACAUGACAGUGAGUCUAAAGGUGAGCAAACAGAUGGCGCUGUGGGGGAGCCAAAGCCAGUGGACAUAAAACACCCUGGAGGUGCCUGUGUGACGGAGACUCAGCCGCCGCUCCUGGUCACCGCUCAUGACGACGGGCACCUGCGCUUAUGGACGAUAGAGGGAAGGCUGCUGAAAGACAUGCUACCUAUGACAAGACAUCCUGCCAUUUCUCUGACCUCACUGUGUACUGAUUCCUGCACCAGGAUACUACUGACCGGCAAUGUCGAAGGACAUGUUAUCCUUUGCAGUAUUGGUUCCUUCCUGGAUCCACCUCAUGAUGAAAAGAAAUUCAAACAGCUGCUUGCGUGGCGUGCUCAUUCCUUAGAAAUCCGUCAAGUAAUCUAUGUAGAAGACAAACAAGUGGUGCUAACUGCCUCCAUCGAUGGCUCAGUAAGGCUCUGGCACGCCUUCGAUGGUCAUUACUGCGGGUAUUUUGGACAGCAAAGGGCCUUUGACCUAUUGCAGACAAGUGAUUUCAUUUUGCCUUGUGAUGUUAAUGAGUAUCCCAUAGAAAUAAAGGAAGAAAGCAAGUUCACAGAGAAUAAACAAAAAUACAGAUAUCCUCUGGUAUUUGACCGGCAAAGAUGGCAGAAAAUGAGCUCAAUGUCUUUGCUUUUCAAACGUACACCUCCCAAGGCCUUUGAAGUGGAAUGUGAUUUUAAGUUUUUCAAGUCUCUUUCUUCCCCCAAGAUUCGAAAACAGGCCUUGGAAGGCUUCCUGACUGAAAACAGAGAGGCAGGGAUUGUUUUUGGCUCUCUGCCCAUAUAUAGGGUACAAAGCCCCACGAGUCUAAGGUUCCUUCCACUCAUUGGUUCAGAGGCACUAAAGGAUUCUUCAGAUGGAGCUCCGGGAAAGAAAAAGGGAAGUCACAUUCAACAUGAAAAAACACAGCGGAGGAGAAGUCUGAAAAGAACUUUCGUCCCACAUAUAAACCUGGCUCCUGCCUUCUUCCCAACCAUUCCCAAAUAA